CAAGACAGUUGCUGAGCAUGUUUUACCAGCUGUAGAGAUGCACUGUAAAUCUUAUGGAGCAAAGAACAUGCAGCUAGAAAUUAAAGAAAAUAGUGCUGUGUCAAGUGCAUCAAUGACUAUGCUGGCAUCAAAUAUAAAUUUGUCAUCAGACACAGUAUGUACAAAAACCAUUAAUUGUGCCACCAGUACCUGUUUACAGCCCUUAACACUGUCUACUGCCUCACAGUUCACAACCUUGGAAGAUCAAACGCAGCCUUGUCAUGUGAUGACAAGUUGUAGUCCUACAAAUGGGAGACAUGUUUCAACUACAACUCAUACUUCAGUGAACUGUCCCUUACUCCAAUCAAGCAUUCAAGAUACGGUCUUAACUGGUCAUCAGGUACAUUAUGUAGAAGGAAAGCAAGUUUAUAUGCUACCUCAAGAACUCGAUUCAAGUGUUGCAAAGUCAUAUUCCUUCAUACAACCACCUCAGGCACAUGUUACCACAGCAAGGCUGUCUUCCAAUACAAAGAACUCUGCAUCAGCAACAGAAACAAGGCUCACCACAGCAAAUGUUUCUGAUGCACAAUCAGGGACAAGCUGUAUUUGGCUCAGUGGAAUACCUAUGGUGUCUUCCUUGGUGUCCAGUGUCGAUACUCCUGUAUUAAGUUCGUCUGUUUCGUUGCAACCAAUGAGUUAUCCAAGUACCAGUUCAACCUUGCAAAGCUCACUUAUGCCUAGCAGUGAAAAUAGUAGUCAAGUGCUUAAACAAGCAACCCAUGCAGGCCAAAAAACCACUCCUUCCCAAGUGUCAAGUAUGAACUCCAUGACAGUAUCGGAGCUUCAACCAAGAGCCUGGGCCAAAUCAUCAGUCAACAUACCCUCCCAGAUUACUUCUGCAGUACCAAGUAAAUUACAAGCCACUAAAACAACUUCUACUCCAUUGAAAGGACCAUCAGCGCUGUUGAGAAGGAGUUCAGGUUUACAAAGAAAAGGUUCAUUUGGCUCAGACCUUCCUGACAUAAAAAGCCUUCUUAGCCACAAUGUUAUUGAAGCAGGCAUGAAUGUCCUUUCAAUACAACACGAGGGAAGGAAUUUUGAGGCUUCUCUGAGGUCAAAUGGCUUAAUAGAGUCUGCAGGUGGAGAGACAUUUCGCACUCCUAUGGCUUGGAUGAGGGCAGUGACAGGAAGUUGGAAUACUAUUAAGCAAUCUCAUGCAUACAAGAUGGUCCAUUAUAAAGGCAAGCCUCUUGCAUUAUUCACAAUACCAUCCAAAGAAAAAGACACUUGUGGGAACAAAGAAAAACAGGCCACAAUGACAAGGGAAUUACUUUCCAGUUGUCAACAGAAGACAAGCAGGAAGAGUGGUCUAAUGACCAGCUGGGACAAUGUAGCUAAGCUUCUCACUGACUGCCAAGUAAUGCCUAUCAACAAAGAUGAAUUGAUUCCCUCAGACAGCUUUUUACCCAUAGACUUCUGGGAACCAACACUUGAGGUGGAUAUACCACAGUCUGUCCUGGAUGGACUUGAAUUUUGAACCAUGUAUUUACAUGUUAGCAACUUUUAAUCUUGAACUUAUAGAUACCAGUAUAUUAGGUUUUGCAAAAUUACAUAAAAAUUACAUUUUCUACCUGUUUUCAUCAAUGUCUUGCUUCAUCAAACCUGACAGCUGUAUCUAAGAAAGUUGAAAGUUUAAACAUUGAAAACUUAGGCUGGCUUAACAGAACCAUAUUGAUCCUGAUUUUAUAUCUUGUAUUUAUGUUGACAACUGUUUGCAUCAUUAAAGGCUUGUCACACUGCAUUCUAAUGUGGUAGUGUAGCUGGGUGUUGCAGGUGCAUAUUAAUUGCCACAAACUUAUUCAGUCCUUAAAUUACGAAUGCAUGUCCCCUUUUCCUUUUAUCAAGGUUUGGGUAAGUAUGGAGAGCACUGAUAUUAGCAUUUACUCUUUCAAUCUGUUUUUACUGCACUAUGAUAAGGCAGUACAAGUAUAAAGUGAAACACUUUGAGUAAAGACAUGCCUACUCACACAAUGGAAAUGUGGACAUUCCAACCAGUACAGAAGAAAUGUAUACACAUGUUUAUCUAA